UAGAGAGAUGAGUCCUCAACCCAACCAGGAGAAAAUGUUCAGCUGUGGACUUGAAUUAGCAGAUGUGGUGUUGAAUUCUGAUCUUCUCCAGCGCUCGUUGAAAGCAAUUCAAAAACUAAACGAUGAUCCUACGAAGAAGAACAUAAGAGCCUCGUCUUGUGCAUACAAAGCCUACAAUGAUGAUCAAAACAAGUGCGAAAUUAUAGCUUUUGGCUGCGAAUUUGAAAGAGUAUCAUCAGUCCUGUCCCCGACUUUGGAACAAUUUCCCCCUGAGUUCAAUUUCCUUCAAAUUGAUGAACAUAGCCCAUCCUCUAUCAACGAAGAAGCCAUAGCACUCUUCCGUUCCCUCCUUCAAGAUCUUGACCUCUUUCAGCGAUUGAAGAACCCAUCGAGGCCACUGAUUGUAACGGGACACUCUCUAGGAGGAUGGGUUGCGUCUCUCUUCUGCUUAUGGCUACUUGACAACAUCCAUCAAUCAAACCGUAACAUUCCCAUCUGCAUCACUUUCGGAUCUCCACUCGUCGGUGACGAUGGUCUCCGUAAAGCCAUUAACAAUCGCUCUGGAUGGAAUCCUCGGUUCCUGCAUGUCGUUUCCGAUGGAGACCUCAUCCCUCGUACUUUCCUCUCAUCCACCAUCACCACCAACAAUAACAAAAACAGUUACAGGCCUUUUGGUACAUUCCUCAUGUGUUCUUCAUCGGGUUCUGCUUGUUUUGAUGAUCCUGAUUCAGUCCUCAGUUUGCUGAAAGCUACAGGUUGGUCUCAAUUGCCCAGCCUCAUGGAUUAUAAGAAGCUAUUAGAUCACCUCACUCAUCAGAUCAUUGUCUCCAAUGGACCUUCACAGCUAGGCGAAUUGAGAGGCGAUCCACUUCAAGCCGGAAUAAUUCUUCAACUGGAUGCAAUUGGAGAUAAAAGAAAGCAGAUGAUCCAGGAGGAAGACACUUUGAUUACAGCUAUGGAGAAACGAGAAAGAAUGAGUUACCACGAGCAGAAGAAGCGCAUCUCCGAGUCUGAAAAGAAACUGAAUGACGUGAAGAUGAACAUGGCUCAUCUCGAAUGGUACAAGAAGAUCUCCUCAACUAAGGUGUCUCUCGGCUAUUAUGACUGCUACAAGAACAAACCGUUCGAAAGGGAUAUAAAAGCUGUAUUGUUCAAGGCACGACUAACCAAAUACUGGGAAGAUGUGGUAGACGAAGCAGAGAGGAAACCCCGGAAGCCAGGGUUUGCUCCGAUGGGGACACGCCUGCUCUUCGGAGGAACAAACUAUAGGAGAAUGGUUGAACCCCUUGAUAUCGCUGAGUAUUAUAAGCAAGGCAAGAGAAAUUACCGCACUCAAGGACGGCCUAAGCAUUAUAAAUUGUUGCAGACAUGGCAGGAAGAGGAGGAGAGAGCUGCGGCGCACAAGAGGAAGUCAAGCACGAGGGACAAGGCUGCCACUUUAACAGAGGAUUCUUGCUUUUGGGCAGACGUGGAGGAAGCCAUGAUUUUGACCAAAUCACUGAAGAAUGGAGAAGCUGUUGGGGGGCCUGAAGAAUCACCCAUAGAACAGCUACAGGAAUUUGAGGAUUAUGUUAUGAGAUUGAUAGAUAACUUGGCAGUUACCCCCGAGAUUUUCUUGAAGGAGAGUACCUUCACGCUAUGGUGGAACGAAUACAAGAAUAUUCCUCAACGUAAUCGUAGAUCCUUGUUAGCUACCUUCAUGGAGAAUGAACGUUAUCAAAAGUAUAUCUAAUCAUCCAGCAGGUGUUCCA